AUGUUCAGCUCUGCUCGCACUGGUCCAGCUGUACAUCAGCUGCAGACACAACAGGUACGGUUUAUAUCUAGGCGUAAGGUCGCGUAUCCAUUCUAUCCAUUCAAAAGACUGGGCAAGCAGAAUCCUAAGAAGCAUGACAGCAACCUGAAGUACGCAAUGCGUCAGUUCUUGGGUCCCAGGAACUUCAAAGGUGAGCAUGUCUCGAACAAGUAUUUUCGGGUGCCUCAGAAUCAUGAACCCAACUACAUAACGCCGGAGAUCGAGCGGGGCCAGGCGCUUCAGCACCACGUGACCGGCGAACCCUUGACGCUUCAGGCAGAUGGGUCGGUGACGAUAGCACGUUCUACAGGGUCACAGGGGUCUCGCGACCGUGGUCGUGAUCCCAACUCGAGCCUUCGUAAGCUUCAGCCCUUUCCAGGCAACAAACACUGCAUCACAAAUCGGAUUCUCUCCGAUGAGCUGAAACUCCAAAUACACGACGAUAUUCAAAAUAAACACCUUUCGGCACAGGACGUAUCUCAAAGAUACGGCCUCAAGAUUCCCAGAGUCGAAGCCGUGGUAAAGCUUAUGGAUGUUGAACGGAAAUGGGAAAAACACAAUCGCAUCGCUCAUGGCUUGAAAUCCAUGUCAUCUACAUUGUACAAAAUGUUCCCGCUUUUUGUGCCUAGAGCUGAUAUCUCGAGAGAAAAUUUGUCAGAAAUUCCAAUUCCAGCCAAGGCGCUGCAGUCUCGUUUCGUUACAAUCGCGGAAUCCGAACCAUUUGGUCCCGUUGACGCUGCUAAAGUGUUGGAAUUAGAGCCUGCUGCCGACACCUUGGAAAAACUGGCAACGCUAGGCGAGCAUUCGGCACACCACGCACAAACUUCAGCAUCAACUAACAAGAAAAAGGUCAUCUACGGUGAAUUGAACAAAGGCGAGAGGUCCUUGUUCAAAUUUGAGAGCUCUCGUGUUGGUAAAGUCGGGUUCCGUUACGGUUCUGGCAAUCGCGACAGCAAAAAAGAUCGCAAAAUUGGGUUCAAUGAACUCGGCAAGAUGGUGUAUUUAUAA